UGUCAUGUACCUGGUCGGGGCAGCAGGGAACUUGCUCAUCAUCCUGGCCAUUGGCUCAGACUCCCACCUCCACACGCCCAAGGACUUCCUCCUCAGCAACCUCUCCCUGGUAGAUUUCUGCUUCAUCUCCGCCACUGUCCCCAAGAUGCUGGUGAACAUCCAGACACAGACUCAGUCCAUUUCCUAUGGCUGCUGCCUGGCCCAGAUCUACUUCUGCGUUUUUCUUGCCAACACGGACAACUUCCUCCUGACGGCCAUGGCUUAUGACCUCUACACAGCGAUCUGCCAGCCCCUGCACUACUCCACGAUGAUGAGUCUGCCAGUCUGUGCCCUGAUGCUGGGGAGCUCCUGGCACCUCGCCAACUUCCACUCCCUGCUACACACCCUCCUCUUGGCCCGGCUCGAGUUCUGUGCCAGCAACGUCAUCCCUUACUCCUUCUGUGACCUCGCUCCCUGCUCCAACGCCCAACUCAACCAACUCAUGAUUCUGCUGGAAGGGGGACCUGAUGGUCCUCAUCCGCUCCUUGGCAUUCUCGUCUCCUACAUCCACAUCGUGUCUGCUGUGCUCCAGGUCCCACCUGCCCGGGGCAAACCAAAGGCCUUUUCCACCUGUGGCUCCCACCUUGCUGUGGUCAUUCCCUUCUAUGGGACCACCACAGGGGUCUACCUGAGUCCCUCAUCCUCCCACGCAGCUGACAAGGAUUCUCUGGCUUCAGUAAUGUAGAUGGUGGACCCCAUGCUGAAUCCCUUUAUCUACUGCCUGAGGAACAAGGACAUGAAGGGAGCUCUAAGGAAACUGGUCAACCUGAAGGCUUUAUCCCAUGGGCUGUGACAGCAGCGCCCUCCUUCAGGGCCUCUGUGCUAGGAAGAGGAUGAACCCCAGGGACAGGCUCCACACAGAGAGGGUGGACCUCAUUGUCCUGGGUUGUCACCAUGGCCAG